AUGCUAACUAAUUCCAUUGCCGUGUUAUCCGUAACCGCACUCAUGGCUCAAUCUGCCAUGGCCGUCAACGCCUACGAUAAGAUAUCGUUCGCCAACGUUGGGUUCGCAGGGACUUUCCAAUCGGUGAAGAAGAUGUCCAACAUUUACGAUAAUAGUACAUGUAAGUGUGAAGUGGAAGACAGACAGUGGUUCUCAGGGACAAACGCCCCCUUGGCAGACUACUUAUCAGUCCAUUUCCGUGGUCCUCUUACUUUAAGCAAGUUUGCAUUUUAUACUUCUCCACAAUUUGUUAUUAACGAUUCAUCAUCUUCAGAUUGGACUCGUGGAGCUUACUAUGAUGCUUCUUCUCAAACUUCAUCAAAUGUCACAUUUUUGACUAAAGCAGGUAAGAACUCACCAUGCCUAGGGAAUGCACUUUCUUACGCUAGUACCAAUGGUACUGGAAGUGCUAGUGCAGCUACUCUUCUAGAAAGUGAUAACUUAAUCUCUUCCGAUCAAGAAUAUAGUAUUUUCUCUAAUGUUUCAUGUCCAAAAUCAGGUACGGGUAAGGGUUGCGGUGUGUAUCGUGAUGAUAUUCCAGCCUAUUAUGGGUUUGGAGGUACCACUAAGAUGUUCUUAUUUGAAUUCGAAAUGCCAGUGGAAACCCAAAAAAAUAGCUCAUCUUUUGAAUAUUACGAUAUGCCUGCCAUUUGGUUAUUAAACGACCAUAUCCCAAGAACUUCCCAAUAUCCAAAUAAUGCUAACUGUUCUUGUUGGGCUAGUGGUUGUGGGGAAUUUGAUAUUUUUGAAGUCAUGAAUGGUACCGAAAGAAACCAUCUAUAUUCUACUUUCCAUACUUUCCAAGGUAUUGAAGAUUUAGGAACUGGUAUUCAAUCAUACGGUUAUAUUCCAAGAGAUACUUCCAGUACUAUGAGAGGUGGUGUCAUUUUUGACUCAAAUGGUAACACUGUCACUUUUGUUUCUAACUCUACUACUUUUGAUGACAGUUUGACUGUAUCUUCCAUUAAUUCGCUUUUUAUCUAA